AUCAUUCCCAAACUACAUAUAUAAAAACCGUACCUUCUUCGACCCUCCUCCAUUCAAUCUCUUCUCGUUUAAUCUCGAGAUAAAAAAGAAUAAUAUUCAUCGACUGACUCGUCAGUAUGGAUCAAAAUCUCAUGCAAGCGAUUGAGAUGAAUGUGAUGCCAUUGUUUUUGAGCUUAAUGAAAGAAAACAAAUCGAUCGUAUGGCAACGAACUGAGGAGGUUUCGGACACGGUGUUGCAUCUCGCGUCGAGAUUAGGGCAUGUUGACAUAGUACAGGAAGUGGUGGAGUCAUGUCCUGAGAUGGUUUUGGCUGAGAACAAGAACUUGGAAACGCCAUUUCAUGAAGCUUGCCGGUAUGGACAUGUGAAAGUUGUAAAAGUGCUUCUUGAAGCCAAUCAUGAAGUUGCUUCAAGGCGUAACGUUGAGAAUCUAAGUGGGUUUUUUGUUGCUUGCUCCAAUGGCCAUCUUGAUGUGGUGACCCUUUUGAUGGUUGAAAUUGGAAUUUCAAGUUGUUUGGAGGAAGAUGCUUUUGAUCAAACUUGUAUUCAUGCUGCUGCUUCUAAUGGACACACAGAUAUGGUAAGGGAGCUCGUUAAUGCAAGUCCAAGAGUGGCAGAAAUGGCGGAUUUGAAUGGAAACUUAGCAUUGCACAUAGCUUGCAGCAAAGGGAUGAGAGAGAUGGUAUGGGCAUUGCUACAACGAGAUGCAAACAUGGCUAUGCAAUACAACAAGAACGGGUACACGCCAUUGCACUUGGCCGCCAUGAACGGGAAAGUUGCAGUUCUUGAAGAUUUUUUGUCAAUGGCGUCUUCCGCGUUUUACCAAUUUACCAAAGAGGGAGAAACCAUCUUCCAUCUCAUCGUUCGAUACGGCCGAUACGAUGCCUUUGUGUACUUGUUCCAUGUCUGUAAUGGAAGCAACCUCUUGUACUCUCGUGAUCGUUAUAAUAACACUCUCCUUCAUCUUGCUAUCGCUGGACACCGACAUCAGAUAGCAGAGUAUUUAAUCAGAAAAACAGGGGUUGAGAUAAAUUCCCGAAACUACAGAGGACAAACCGCCCUCGACAUCCUCGACCAAGCCCGAGACACGCCCGCAAAUCGCCGACUCGAAGACCUACUAACAAAAUCGGGCGGCCGGAGAUACGCCGAAAUGCUAUCCCCUACACAAGACACCGAAAUAGCCUCCACGUAUCGGACCAACGCCGCCGCAUCCUCCUCCAGCCACUCCUGGUGGAGCCACGUGGACGAGAAAGGCCAAGAAUUUAUCGCCCCAACAACCCAGAUCCAAUCCGAAUCCAAAAAAUCGGACCCUAAAAAAUCGCCCUCAAAUCCAAUUAUAACAACAAACCACUACAAUAACUCUCCCGCGAAACGACACCGUACUAAAAUCUACACGGAAGCUCUCCAAAACACAAGAAACACGGUCGUUUUAGUCGCGAUUUUAAUCGCAACCGUCACAUUCGCGGCCGGAAUAAACCCCCCCGGCGGAGUGUACCAACAACUAGACAACAAAAGUAAGAAAAGACUUGGUCAAUCCACUGUGGGCGACACGUCAGCUUUCAAAAUUUUCACUAUAUGCAACGACGUCGCUUUGUUCACUUCCUUAGCCGUUGUGAUCGUUUUGAUCAGCGUGAUUCCGUUCCGGCGUAAGCCGCAGAUUGUGGUGGUGGCGGUGGCGCAGAAGGUGAUUUGGGUGGCGGUGGCGUGCAUGGCGACGGGGUACGUGGCGGCGAUAUGGGUGGUGGUACCACAUGAUGAAGAAGAUGAUGAGGAAGGGAAGGGGAAAUGGGUGGCGAUGGUGGUUGUGGCGGUGAGUGGGGGUAUUUUGGGGACUGUGUUUAUUGGGUUGACUGUGAUGUUAAUUGAGCACCAUGUUCAUAAAUCAAACAAGAGGAGAAGGAUAAGAAUUAGCGAAAGUAAGGAGGAUUCCAUGGAAAUGGAAGAAGUAGAGAGUUUGAAUUCCGAUAUUGAGAAUUGUUAUCGAAGAGGAUACCGAUCUUUCUAAAACGUUUUUGUUCUUUGGUUCAUCAAUAUGGGGAAAAGAAGUCAAACUGAUCUUGAUCAUCUUUUUAUUUCUUGCAUUUACUCUAGAGAGAUUUGGUUUCAUUUUUAUAGGUUUUUUGUUGCUGGACAUGUAUUGCCCCGAUCGAUGGAGGCUACCCUUUCUAAUCUUAUACAAAAUGAAGAAUACUUCGAAAAGGAACAUUUUAUUUGGAGGCUUUAUUGGAGCUACACCGUGGUGUAUUUGGCUGGAACGAAAUGAUCGGACUUUCAAGAACGGUGGCAAGACUGUAAACCAUAUUUGGGAAGAUGUGCUCAAUCUUGCGACUCUUUGGUGCUCCAAAAGUGCCCUUUUUGUAAUUAUAGCAUUGCUUCUAAUCGUUCAACUGGAAAGCUUUUUUUUUGUAAACAAACUUUCGAGCUUCUCUCUAGCUUUUUUUUUUUUAUCUUUUCAUCAUUUAAUGAUUUAGCUUUUGAUCUUGGGACGUGAUGAGGAUUCUUAAAGAGGUAUCAACCUAAUUGAAAUGUCUCGAUACAUCCCUUAAUCUC